AUGGAGCUGCUGUCCACGCCCCACAGCAUCGAGGUCAGCAACAUCACCUGUGACUCCUUUCGCAUCUCCUGGACCAUGGAGAACAGUGACCUGGAGAGGGUCACCCACUACUUCAUUGACCUGAACAAGAAAGAGAAUAAGAACUCCAACAAGUUCAAGCACCGGGAUGUCCCCACCAAGCUCGUGGCCAAGGCUGUGCCGCUGCCCAUGACGGUGAGAGGCCACUGGUUCCUGAGCCCCCGCACGGAGUACAGUGUGGCAGUGCAGACCGCCGUGAAGCAGAGCGACGGGGAGUACCUCGUGUCUGGCUGGAGCGAGACGGUCGAGUUCUGCACUGGGGAUUACGCCAAGGAGCACCUGGCCCAGUUGCAGGAGAAGGCCGAGCAGAUCGCAGGCCGCAUGCUCCGCUUCUCCGUCUUCUACCGCAACCAUCACAAGGAGUACUUCCAGCACGCCAGGACCCACUGCGGGAACAUGCUGCAGCCCUACCUGAAGGAUAACAGUGGCAGCCACGGCUCCCCGACCAGCGGCAUGCUCCACGGGGUCUUCUUCAGCUGCAACACGGAGUUCAACACAGGCCAGCCCCCGCAGGACUCCCCCUACGGCCGCUGGCGCUUCCAGAUCCCUGCCCAGCGCCUUUUCAACCCCAGCACCAACCUCUACUUUGCGGACUUCUACUGUAUGUACACGGCCUACCACUAUGCCAUCCUGGUGCUGGCCCCCAAGGGUUCCCUGGGGGAUCGCUUCUGCCGUGACCGCCUGCCCCUCCUGGACAUUGCCUGCAACAAGUUCCUGACCUGCAGCGUGGAGGAUGGGGAGCUGGUCUUCCGCCACGCCCAGGACCUCAUCCUGGAGAUCAUCUACACCGAGCCUGUCGACCUGUCCCUGGGCACCCUGGGGGAGAUCAGCGGGCACCAGCUCAUGAGCCUGUCCACUGCUGACGCCAAGAAAGACCCCAGCUGCAAGACCUGCAACAUCAGCGUGGGCCGCUAG